AUGUCUGGACCUCAAUAUAAUCCUCCAGACGGUCCUCCUCCUCCUAUGACCCAAUAUAAUCCUCCUCCCGGUAGUCAACCUUUUCAACCUCAAUACAAUAAUAAUCAAGGUCCCCCUUCGCAAUAUAAUCCUCCUCAAGGUCCACCUCCUACGAACCUAUAUAAUAACCCUCCUCAAGGGGUUCCUCAAUAUGUUACCGUUAUACCACCAGUUACAACAGUUACAACUACUACAUACAUGGCAGGCCCUCCAGGAACAGUGGAUACUUCGAUUCCUCCCGAAAAGAGAAGUUUUACACAAAUUACUAGUAUAGAACAAAUCUGGAGGAUGCCCAUAUUUUAUGAGGGUAGACCGACUUGGAAGUUAUGGUUGGGUCUAAUCUUCUUCUUAUAUUAUUCUUCGUAUUUCAUUAUUCCAUUGGCAUCUUAUUUGGCUAUACCUGUUAUAGAAUCAGCUCUUAUACCGGAUGUAAGGUUUAUACUUGUUCUGAUUACUAUAGUAGUUACUACGACUACUGUUAUUAAAGUUAGUACAGACAGAAGUUCCUUUCUUCAAGAACAAGUAACACCUAAUCAAGCUAUUAUUAGUUCACGACUACGACAUCCCACAGAAUAUCAUAAGAAACAGAGAGAACUACGUAAUCAGAAUACUUUUUCCAGCGAUGGUAUGCCACCAACACCUGGCAAUUCCUUCACCAACACAAUAGAUCCUGUUGUACUACGAGAAUCCGAAAUGCAUAAUGAUCUAGAUUUUUGUCCCACUUCACCAGUUAAUAGCACACCAAUUCUUGGUUCACCUCCUAACUAUGAUAACGAAAACGAUUAUGGAAGAUCUUUUAAACCAUCAGGAAUUCUUGACCGUUCAUCUUUUGGUGGUUCACCAGUUGAUGCAUCCAAUUAUAUGACGAACUUAGAUUCAACCAGCGAUUAUUAUAUUGAUACGACAGAAUUUAAUGGUGGUCCAACCACAGCUAUUCCCAUGGAUGUUAAACCCAGUCGUAAUAAUCAUAAUAACAAAAUUUAUAGGCAAACUCAGGAUACUUUUGCAGGAGGGAAUCAUCAUAUUAGUAUGUCAUUACCCGCUCAUCUUACCAAUCCCAAUACGGACUGGCCGUAUGGUACAAGUUUGGAACCAUCUUCUUUUCAACCGUCUUCUUUUCAACCUGGUUCUCUGCAAUUUCCUCCUGACCUGCCACAAGGUCUUAUGGAUUCUGAUGAUCCUGAAUCGGCUCAAAAACAACAAUUGAUAUUUGAAAAAAGACGUCGCCGACGUGAAUCACACAAUGCAGAACUCUCUACUCUCUUACCAGAACUUUAUAUUGAUUCAACCAAUAAACCAAAUAAAGGUGUUAUCCUUCGUAAAUCAGUUGAAUAUAUUCGACUCCUUAAACAAACAUUGGAGGAUGAACGUAAUAAAACUUCGGCACUUGAAGCAAGAUUAAAAUCAACUGAUAAUGUUUCGGGAGGUGGUACGGCUUCGUCCCCAUUUGACGAUUAUUUAAUAAUAGGGGCUGGUGUGGUUGGACUUUCUAUAGCAGAACGAUUAUCACAACGAAAUGGAAAAUCGGUUUUGUUACUUGAAAAGAAUUCUAAAAUAGGUGAAGAAACAAGUUCAAGAAAUAGUGAAGUAAUACACGCUGGAAUAUAUUAUCCAAAUGAUAGUUUAAAAACGCGUUUAUGCAUUCCUGAACAAGUAUUGGUAUCACCUACUACGGGAAUAUUUGAUUCUCAUGCUUUUAUUAAUUGGUUAGAAUGGAAAUUUCGAGAUAAUAGUAAUGGUAAUGGAAAUUUGGUGAUAAAUUCAAAAGUGACGAAUAUUAUUAAAGGAAAUUAUGGAAAUGAUGAAGGAUAUAUUAUAGAAAUUAGUGAUCCCACUUCAUCUUCUUCUUCAAAAACUAAAAUCUUUUCUCCAAUAGUAAUAAAUUCGGCAGGACUUCAUUCGGAUAAAAUAGCAAAUCUAUUAUUACCUUUUAAAUAUAAGAUUUAUUAUGUUAAAGGACAUUAUUAUAGUUACAGAAGAAAAUAUUUACCUGAUAUGAAAAAAGAAAAUUUAUUUGCUGAUUAUUCUGGAAUUAGACCAAAAUUAACAAAAGAAGAUGAACCUUUUAAAGAUUUUAUAAUUAAAGAAGAAUCAGAACAUGGAUUAAAUGGAUUUAUAAAUUUGAUUGGAAUUGAAAGUCCAGGUUUAACUUCUUCAUUGGCAAUUGCAGAAAUGGUUGAUAAUAUGUUAAUUGAUAAGUAA